AUGGACGCAGACGUACCCAUGCAAGACUCUUUCGAACAACAGAACUCAUCCACCACUGGUGAACAAUCAUCACAAAGCAUUGACGACAAAGGGUUUGCUGAACUAGACUCUCAAGAUGAUAUGAUACUCAAACCUGGUUCGUCUGGGAUAGCAGAUAAUAAAUCAGACACACCUCUCACUCUUACAGAUGAUAAUAUCAACCAAUUGGAUCAAUGGAUAGAAUAUAUCAGUAAAUGCCAAAUCUUAUCGGAAAACGACAUCUCUAGGCUUUGUAAGAUGGCUGUAGAUGUUUUCCAAUUUGAAAAAAAUGUCCAACCAGUUAAUGUGCCAGUGACCAUCUGUGGUGACGUUCAUGGUCAAUUCCAUGAUUUGCUUGAGCUGUUUAAAAUAGGUGGUAAAUGUCCGGAUACAAAUUAUUUGUUCAUGGGGGAUUAUGUAGAUAGAGGCUAUUAUUCAGUAGAGACUGUCUCAUUAUUAAUUGCCAUGAAAGUAAGAUAUCCAAAUAGAAUCACCAUUCUUAGAGGUAAUCAUGAAUCAAGGCAAAUUACACAAGUCUAUGGGUUUUAUGAUGAGUGUUUAAGAAAAUAUGGUAAUGCUAACGUAUGGAAAAUGUUCACUGAUCUUUUCGACUAUUUCCCAAACACUGCUUUGGUAGAUAACAAGAUCUUUUGUUUACAUGGUGGUCUUUCCCCCAUGGUAGAAACGUUGGAUCAAAUUAGAGCUUUGAAUAGAAUUCAAGAAGUCCCCCAUGAAGGCCCUAUGUGUGAUUUACUAUGGUCGGAUCCAGAUGAGAGAGGUGGAUGGGGGAUUAGUCCCAGAGGUGCUGGUUUUACUUUCGGCCAAGAUAUUAGUGGUCAAUUCAAUCAUACAAACAAUUUAUCCCUAAUUUCAAGAGCACAUCAAUUAGUCAUGGAAGGGUAUGCAUGGUCUCAUGAACAAAAUGUAGUAACCAUUUUCAGUGCUCCUAAUUAUUGCUACAGAUGCGGCAAUCAAGCGGCAAUCAUGGAGGUGGAUGAAAACCAUAAUAAACAAUUCUUACAAUACGAUCCUUCAGUUAGACCAGGUGAACCUUCUGUAAGUAGAAAGACUCCUGAUUAUUUCCUAUAA